GUUCCCGCCAAUUCUUGCGGUCACUCAUCCUUCUUGGGUCGAGUUCCGCCUCCAUGGAGAUGUUUGACCCCGCCGAGCUGCCCGAGCUGCUUAAACUUUAUUACCGGAGGCUCUUUCCCUACGCCCAGUACUAUCGCUGGCUCAACUAUGGCGGAGUGGUAAAGAAUUACUUUCAACACCGCGAGUUUUCAUUCACUUUGAAAGAUGAUAUAUACAUUCGCUACCAAUCCUUCGAUAACCAGAGUGAUCUAGAAAAGGAGAUGCAGAAAAUGAAUCCAUACAAGAUUGAUAUAGGCGCGGUAUAUUCCCACAGACCCAAUCAACACAAUACAGUGAAGCUGGGAGCUUUCCAGGCUCAGGAAAAAGAACUAGUGUUUGACAUUGACAUGACAGACUAUGACGAUGUGAGGAAAUGUUGUAGUUCUGCAGAUAUAUGUUCUAAGUGUUGGACCCUCAUGAUAAUGGCCAUACACAUCAUCGACCGAGCAUUGAAGGAGGACUUUGGAUUUAAGCAUCGUCUCUGGGUAUAUUCUGGAAGGAGAGGUGUUCAUUGUUGGGUCUGUGAUGAAUCAGUUAGAAAACUGUCCUCUGCAGUACGUUCUGGGAUAGUUGAGUAUUUAAGUCUUGUAAAGGGUGGUCAAGAUGUUAAGAAAAAAGUUCACCUAAGUGAAAAAAUUCACCCUUUUGUCAGAAGAUCUAUAAACAUAAUAAAAAAAUACUUUGAAAAGUAUGCCUUGGUUGACCAAGAUAUUCUUGAAAAUAAAGAAAGCUGGGAUAAAAUUUUAGCCCUUGUUCCUGAAACAGUUCAUGACGUACUUCAACAAGAUUUCCAAAAGUCACACAGUUCACUUCAACGUUGGGAACAUUUGAAGAAUGUAGUUGGCACAUGUCAGAAUAACAUCAAAAAUGACAAAUGUGGACCUUGGAUAGAGUGGGAGAUUAUGCUCCAAUACUGUUUUCCACGGCUGGAUAUCAAUGUUAGCAAAGGAAUCAAUCAUUUACUGAAGAGCCCAUUUAGUGUUCAUCCUAAAACAGGUCGCAUUUCUGUGCCUAUUGAUUUACAGAAAGUGGAUCAGUUUGACCCAUUUACUGUUCCAACCAUAAGCUCCGUCUGCCAUGAAUUGGAUGCCAUUUCUACUAAUGAAGAGGGAAAAGAGGACAAUGAAGCUGAAUCUGAUAUCAAACACAAAACCAGAGAUUAUAAGAAGACUGGUCUAGCACCUUAUGUGAAAGUUUUUGAACAGUUUCUUGAAAACCUGGAUAGAUCCCAAAAAGGAAAACUUCUCAAGAAGAGUGAUUUACAAAAAGAUUUCUGAACAUAACAACUCCCCUCAAACUAAUGUGGAUAUCUUGUGUCUUCAAUCAAGUAUCAAAUACCUCAAGAGCCAUCAAAGUAAAAUUUCCAUUUCUCAAGAAAUAAUUUAUGUUAAAAAGACUUCAUGAGACUACCAAAGGAGAAUGUCAAGGUUCCUGGAAGAAGCAAUAAAGGGAAGAAUAAGUGAACUGUAGAUAAUUUUUUGAAAUUUAAUAUUAUACAAAGAUAAUUCUAAGAAUUCUGAUACUCAGUUCUACCAGCUGCCAUUUAUAGAGGUAAGUGAGCACAGUAUGCCCAAGAUUUUCAUCUCAGCUCACUGGAUACAACUUCCAUAUUUCUGGAUGAAUGAGGGCUUUGUCCUUUUAAGUCUUAGACAUUUAAGUUAAUUGUAGCUGGAGUAUAUAUUUAGUUACUUCCUAAUUUUGCUUCCUAAUAUUUUUAUUGGUUAGGCCACACCCCACUGCCCAUAUUUUUAAAAUCAUUUUAAACUGGGCAUCUAAGCCUACCAAAACUUCAAUUCAGAAGGUAUGAGUUACUAGAUUGACAAUAUUAGGGCCUAGUACAGAGUUUUUUUUACAACUAUUGCAAUCAUAACUCCUAAAUUUUUCCCUUAGAGAGCAACUGGAAUAGUCUACUGCAAAGAAGCAGCUUAGAAAAAAUAACGUACUUCGACAACAUAAAACCUGCUGUGCUUGUCAAAACAUUUGGACUUUUUGGGCCAGCCUGUGGCUCACUUGGGAGAGUGUGGUGCUGAUAACACCAAGGCCACAGGUUCGGAUCCAUAUAUAGGGAUGGCCAGUUAGCUCACUUGGGAGAGCGUAGUGCUGACGGCACCAAGUCAAGGGUUAAGAUCCCCUUACUGGUCUUUUUUUUUUUUUUUUUUUAAAGAGGACUUUUUACAUAUCUAAGUACUUAAAUUGUAAAAGUUUUGUUUUUUUCAUGUUUGAUCUUGUAUGAUGGAUUCUAAAAUGUCAGAUUUCUCUGGCCUGGUUUUAUAACCAAACUAAACAAAACAGUUCUAGUGUACAUUCUAUCUUCUGAGAAACAAUAAGUAAGCUGUCAGGCUAGUACUUUCUGUGACUUAAUGAAAAUUUUCCUCCCUUUGUAUUUCUUUUUUUUUUUUUUUUUUUUUUUUUUGUCUUUUUUUGUGACCGGCACUCAGCCAGUGAGUGCACCGGUCAUUCUUAUGUAGGAUCCGAACCCGUGGCGGGAGCGUCGCCGCGCUCCCAGCGCAGCACUCUACCGAGUGCGCCACGGGCUCGGCCCCCUCCCUUUGUAUUUCGUUUAACAUUGUUUUCCUCUAUAGUCACAGUCUUUUUUUCU